AUGUCACACCAGGCGGCUAAGCCGUCCAAAUAUGAACUUAAGGAUGCACCGAGAAUUCACGAUAAUAAUAAUAAUAAUGAUGAUGAUGAUGAUCGAAGGCCGUUAAGAGAGCUGAGUGACUUUAACAAGAUAUUUAGAUCUGUUUCGGGAGAACCUCAUGAUCACAAAUUUCGUCAGAGACCUCUGUUGAGUCGUGACCAUAGUUCCGAUGCUGAAGAUUCUUCACAAAUUAUUUCUAAUCCAAUGCAUUUUCCUAAUCAGUUUUAUGAUCCAAUGGAAUCAAGGUAUGAGUCUAGUGAGGAUGAAGAAAAUAAUGACGCUGAUUAUGCUGCGGGAGGUGAUGCCAGUGCUUCAAAUACCAAUGAGCAGGAGCGAACCAACAACAUGGCUUCGCCUAAACCAGAUUCAAGAGAACAAGUCGAAGCUAGCCAAAAUGAAAACUUGAAUACAGAGACCAACCAAAAUCAACCGCCAACUCAAAGAUCAAGAGUGCAGUUUACUCAUUCGCAGACGUUCAGCAGCUUUCUUCCAUCGAUGUUCAGCAACAACCACCACCAGCACCAACACCAACCUCUGACUGAAACCCCGGAAGGAACCGAAAUCAAUGAUGCUGACUUGGACCAAGUGCAACGCCCUGGUUUUGGUUCAAGACUGGAGUCAACUAAGCAACCGCGUUUGAAGAACAAGCUCAAAUUUUGGAGAAAAAAGGAUAAGGAAAGGUUUAGUUACAAUGCAAAUGAUGAGUCUCCAGAUGAAUCAGAAAAGUUACGUAGAGAACGAGCACUGGAAUUGCUUACCAAUCUAUCUAUGGGUAGCCCAGCAAUCAGAUUAAUGGGUGCUUGCUUGUUGGAAGACGAAAGUGGUAUUGCCAGAGCACCUUUACUCUUGACAUUGUUAGGAUUUCAGAUAUACGACGUAACCAAUGAUGACCUUACCAAAUUUAGAAGGUUCCGAAUUGAUGUGGAAUAUGGUUUUGGAAUCGAACGAAUGCAAUGGAGUAUUGAAAGAAGUACAACUGAAUUGUUUUACCUUCAUUCCAAGUUGAAAAUUGAGUUGUGGAGAAAAGAUUACCUGGCAAAUAUAACAUCUAAAGACACUCCCGGUAACAAAUUGCCCAAACUUCCAUUUCCGCCAUUUAAAAAGAAUACCGACAAGUCCAAGCAGGGGCUGAGACUGAAGAAACUGGAUCUGGGUAGAAGAAGACAAUCAUUAGCGCAAGAGCAUGAUCACCAUCACGAUCAUCAUCACGAUCAUGAUGGUGGAGAAGGAGAAGAAGAAGAAGAAGAAGAAGAAGAAGACGAAGAUGAAGAAGGUGAUGGCGGUGACGGCGCUUCGUUGAAUACAGUGCGCUCAAGAUUAUCACGACUUCGACUGAAUCUUGGCAGUAUCACUUCGGCCAUGUCCCAUGAACAUAAAACUGAUUUUAUCGAACGCCGGAAGCAGAAAAAUGCUGCCUAUAUUCGUGAAGUUGAAGACUACCUUCGGAAGCUUAUCUUAUUCAUCAAAUUGAGACCACAAUCAAAUUACGUAUUUGCAUUUUUUGAAAUUUCACCGCUUUCCGCAUUGUUGAGUUAUGAAUCUGGAUACAUGGGUAAACAGGGCGAUAUUCAUAUUCGUGGUACAGCCAAGUCGCAAGGAUGGAGAGUUGGUCAUUUCAAAGUCAAUGAUCUCAAGGGUAUAUAUGAUAGACGCGUUGACAAGUGGAUGCUAACCAGAGACAGUUAUAUAGUUUAUGUGUCAAAUAUUAAUUCGACGACACCAUUGGAUGUGUUUUUAGUUGAUUCAAAUUUCAAAAUCACCACAAAAAAUGUCCAGAUAACCGAAGAAGAAGAAGACGAGGAGGAGCCAGAAGGAUUUGAAACAGGCUCUUUGAGUGGAAAAAAAUUACAGAGUUUACACAAUAACUCUAAACCUGAUGCAGUGUUUUCGCAUUUGAAGAUUACUUUGGAAAACAGAGAGAGAAAACUUGUUGUUAUCCCCAAGAAUUCCAGAGAGCAUGUUGCUUGGUUAAAAUCAUUCAAGUUAAUGCAGCAGAAUACAAUAUGGAGUCAGAAGCAUAGAUUUGAUUCGUUUGCGCCAAUCAGAACCAAUUGUUUUGCACAGUGGUUUGUUGAUGGAAGAGAUUACUUUUGGGCACUUUCGGCGGCACUUGAGAUGGCACAGCAAACUAUUUUUAUACAUGACUGGAUGCUUUCGCCUGAACUAUACCUUAGACGACCAGCUAAUGGUAACCAACAGUACAGAAUUGAUAGACUUCUUCAGAAGAAAGCUAGGGAAGGUGUCAAGAUUUUUGUCAUUAUCUACAGAAAUGUGGGAACCACAGUGGCAACAGAUUCUCUUUACACCAAGCACUCAAUUUUGUCAUUGAAUGAAAAGAAUAUCCACGUUAUCCGUUCUCCAAAUCAGCUUUUGCAGAACACAUACUUUUGGGCACAUCACGAAAAGCUUUGCAUUAUUGAUCACACCUAUGCGUUUUUGGGAGGAAUUGAUCUUUGUUAUGGUAGGUUCGAUACAUCGGAUCACGUAUUGACGGAUGAUUCUCCAGUUAACUUUGACAGCAUGCAACCCGAUGAUAGAAUGACUCCCGAAAAGUUUCUCAACUUUACAACGUUUGUCGGUAAAGACUACUCGAACCCUAGGGCUAAGGAUUUUUUUGAUCUUGACAAGCCGUAUGUUUCUAUGUAUGACAGAAACACGACACCUAGGAUGCCGUGGCAUGAUAUUCACAUGUUGACUACGGGCAAAGCUGGUCGUGAUUUGGCGAGACAUUUUGUGCAAAGAUGGAAUUAUUUGAUUAGGCAAAAGCGUCCCAGUAGGUUAACACCUUUGCUUCUUCCACCGCCCGACUUCCUGGACGAAGAAGCAGAGGCCCAUGGCUACUCUGGAACUUGUAAUGUUCAAUUGUUGCGUUCUGCGGGUAAUUGGUCUCUCGGUUUGCAAGAGCACGAGCAAAGUAUUCAAAAUGCUUAUUUGAAGCUAAUUGAAACAUCACAACAUUUCGUGUACAUUGAAAAUCAAUUCUUUGUGACUGCAUGUGUUGUUGAUGGUGUUGAGAUAAAGAAUAAAAUUGGAGAUGCAUUAGUCGAGAGAAUUAUUCGUGCACAUGAUGAAGGUACCAAUUGGAAAGCUAUUAUUGUUAUACCGUUAAUGCCUGGAUUUGAAGCACAAGUCGAUCAGCCAGAGGGUUCAUCAGUGAGAGUGAUUAUGCAAUGUCAGUACAUGUCGAUAUCUAGAGGAGAGUCCUCAAUCUUUGCUAAAUUGAAAAUGCGCGGAAUCAAUCCUGAAGAUUAUAUCCAAUUCUUUUCAUUGCGUAAAUGGGGCCGCAUUGGUCCAAAGAGAACUUUGGUGACCGAGCAGUUGUACAUUCAUGCAAAAUGUAUGAUUGUUGAUGAUGUAUCUGUUAUCAUUGGAAGUGCCAAUAUCAAUGAAAGGUCAAUGAGAGGUGUUCGUGAUUCUGAAGUGGCUGCGGUAAUCCAAGAUCAAGAACAAAUUACCACCAAGAUGAACGGUAAACCUUACAAAGCUGCUAAGUUUGCGCACACAUUAAGAAUGCGCUUGAUGAGAGAACACUUGGGUGUGUCGCUAGACAUUUUGGAUACGGUUGAACGAAGAUUUAAGCGUUUCGAGGAUUUUGCUUCUUCCGAUGAAGGUCUCAAGUAUGCGACAACUGAUUUCAAAGAUCUUCGCGAUCGUCAAUUGUCUGCCAUGGUUGAGCUUGCUACUAGAGAUGUUUUGAACGAACGUGAUGGAACACAGAGAUGGAAGGACCGCAUUGAAAUAUCGGGACUCGACGCCGAAGUUGCCGCAUUUGACUAUAAGGAAGAAGAGUCAUUACUGCCACCACCUUUGUUCUUGCCUGUUUCUUUCAAUAACCGUACCGGCCCCAAUGAAGCCAAUAGAGGUGUGCGAGACAAGAAAAAGAAAUCAUACGACCCUAGAGUCCAGCGUAAUAAAGAUCAUUACCAUGAUGUUGCUGGAAAAGGUACCGAUAAGUAUCACUCAAAGCUAGCUGAAAGUGCUAGAGUAACAAGUAGCGAGUUCUUGAAAGAGUUAUCCGUGCAGGUCAUGGAGGGCACAACUCCAAGUACCAGUUUCUUACCAGACGUGGAAAGUGUCCGUGAGUUUUUGAAUGGCGAUGAUGCUGAAUUAGCUGGUGUGUAUAAAGAGGAAGAUGUAGCUCAAAUCAUUAGGCGAAGAAAUGAAGAAAGGUGGUUAUUGUUGAAAAAGGUUUCAUAUUUGCAAAGAGUAGCAGCUAAAGAGCAACAUUCCAAAACGGUUGAAAACAAUAGGCGCCAACAAGGAGGGUUGGAUCCUCAAUCAUCAUCAUCUCACGGAUCUCAGGAGCAUGGUGAAACCAAUGGAGACCAAAUUGUUGAUGGAAUAUCCACAGGUAAAGGUCUCGGCGCUGAUUAUGUUAGAGAUGACCAACACCAAGCUGUUUCCUUGACCGAUUCAGCUGUAAAGGAAAUUUUGAAUGGAUUGACUAUUCCGGAGGCCAAAGUUAGCAAUUUCAUGGAUCCAUACGAUUUCGAAGAUCCUGUGAACCCCGUAUUCUAUGAAUACGUAUGGAAUGAGCAUGCCAGAAGAAAUACUGAGCUUUUCCGAAUGGUAUUCCACUGUCAACCAGAUGACGCAGUUAGCCGUUGGGCGGAGUAUACGUAUUUUUCAAAAUUGCAAAGCACAUUUAUGAAGAGUCAAAACCCCGAACUGCGCGAUAGUACAUCAAGCCAAGCAGGGUCCAAUAGCGAGGAACACGGUGUAUCGAAGAAAGAUGACAUGCAGAUGGCCAACAAUAUUAAACGGAGUGCUCCUGAAGGUCCAAAUAGCACUGGAAAUAUUGCAAGUCAGGACGAAGACUAUGGUUUGUUGGGAAGAGUUCCUCCUUCUAAAGAGGAGCGCAUGGAAUCGGAAAAGCCCAAAAAAAUUAGGAACAAACUUGUACGUAGUAUGAGUUCUUUUGCUGGUGCCAAAGAUGAUCAGAGAUCUUUGCGUUCUAGCUCCGAUGGAGAAGAUUUACACGGUGAUAUUCUCGAAGAAAAGGAAAUGUUUGAAAAUAAUACCGCAGUACCACCCGAUUCGGAAACAUCACCUGAAGUUGAUGGUGAAAUGAGAGAUGGAACAAUAGAUGAGAAGCUCACCGAGACUGCAGAUCCUGCAAAGCUUUUUGAUGAAAUUAACAGCGCCGAUGGUAACAAUGGCAACAAUACUAAUCAAAACUUGCCGAAUGGGUCUUGGUCUCAAGAGAAUACCAAUGAACAUGAAGUAUUGCAUUCAGCAACCCAAAAGGCAAAUAGUUUCAAUAGCAGCUACGACGAGGAACAACCGCACGUGAGGAAGAAUAGAGCAGGCGCUUUCCUUACGCGUAGAAAGAUUCAAAGUGGAGAAGCUGUUUAUGAUAAAGCAACUGCGGAAAAAUUCUUGAGUGCAAUCCAAGGCCAUUUGGUGUACUUCCCCACUGAAUGGUUAAGCACCGAGUUGAAGAACAACAACUGGUUUUACAAUACUGAUAGAUUACCACCAAUGGAGAUAUAUGAUUAG